AUGCUAGACAUCUUGGGGCCGAUGCAAGAUACGAGACACGGCAAGUACCUUGGCUUACCAUCAGUUAUCGGAAAGUCCAAGAACCAAGUUUUUGCAGAAAUAAAAGAGAAAGUACACAAAAAGCUCUCCAGGUGGAAAGAAAAGAUGCUCUCCAUGGGUGGUAGGGAAAUUCUAAUUAAGGCGGUGGCACAAGCAAUUCCAACAUAUACGAUGAGCUGUUUUCAAUUACCGAAGGGGUUAUGUGAGGAAUUAGAGGGGAUGAUGAGGAAUUUUUGGUGGGGUCAAAAAGAGGAGGAAGCAAAAAUGGCUUGGGUAGGGUGGAAGAAAAUGUGUAAAUCAAAGGUUCAAGGUGGUAUGGGGUUUCACAAUCUCCAAGCUUUUAAUUUAGCUAUGCUAACAAAGCAAGCUUGGAGACUACUCACAAACCCAUCAACUCUGGUUGCCCGAAUUUAUAGAGCUAAGUACUACCCGGGUUGUGAUGUUAUGGGAGCAAAGUUAGGGAGCAGCCCCUCGUAUGCUUGGCGAAGUAUUUACAAUAGUUUGGAAGUCAUAAGGCGUGGCUUUAGAUGA